GUGGUUACAGCGUUCAAAAGCAGUUAGCUUCAUAACAGAUACGUUUUAGUGCGAUAAACUCGGUGUUAGAAGUAAACAGGGUGGUGUGGAAAUGGCCUCCUGCCUGGUUCCCGAGUUUCCCGCCGUCCUAGUGGCUCUGGAGCAUCUGAAGGAGCUGGACCGGCAGCUUAGAGAGGAUGGAGUCCCGUUCUCAGCGGAAGGCAGCGUCCAUCUGACGGCCAUGGCAGCUGCUAUAUCCGAGUUAGAGGCCACAAGGCGAGUCACCCGUGAGCAUCUGGAGGUGGAAACCAUAGAAAACAGCAGGCUUAGGCACCAGAUUAACACCAUGUCUGAUCGUAUGACUGAGGACAUCCUGGCAGACGGAGCGGCAGCCCGGGCUUCCAACGCAGAGGAGAUAGAGCAGCUCCGCAGAGACCUCACUUUAUCCUCUCAGAUCCAAGAGGAGUCUAAGGAGAAGCUGCAUGAGCUAUUAAGUCAAAACAAAGUGCUUCAGGCAGAGAGAGAACAGGUGAGGGGUGUGCAUGAGGUGGUCAUCGCUUCUCUGAAUGAUCAGAUCAGCCUGAGAUACAGCAGGGAGCUGCAGCUGGACCAGAAGCUGGAGCAGAUAGAGGAGAUUAGGUCGUCCAUCGCUGCUGCUGAGCAUGAGAAAGCGUCACUCCUGCAAAGCAUGGCUCUGACAAGGAAGUCCUUCUCUGAGGAAGAGGAGAACCUGAACGGAAAGGUGGGCGAGGCCGUAGGAAAGAUGAAGCAACAGGAGAACGGGAUUAAAAAAAGCAGACAAGAGUUAGAGAAGGUUAACAGGAAGAAAAAUGAAACAGACAGCCGUCUUAGUGAGCUCAACAUUCAGAUGGCUCAACUGGAGAGCAGCCUGCAAAGAUCGAAGGCAUCCCGCUGCUACUGUGAGCAGAAAUUACAGGAAGAAGUUGAACAGUCUCAAGAACUGAACCGACAGAUAGAGACGCUGAAGAAGGAGCAUCAGGAACAAGAGGAGGCCUUUAGCCUCGCAGUCCGCAAUCUCCAAGAGGAAAUCAGGACAGUGGGAGUUAAACUACACGAGCAUCAAUCUUCUGGACUGCUUCUCAAAGACAGCCUGGCCCACAUCUGUAAAGUAUUCAGGCAUCGCCAUGAAGAGGAAAAGGAGGUCAAGGCCGAUCAUCUGCGGGUCUCCUUGCAGCUGGAACGCUCUACGCUGCAGCUGGAGGAGCGUAUUGCAUGUAUUGUCAAACACAGCAAGGAGAUCAGAGAGAUGGAGAGGCAGAUCCAAGAGCUCCAGGAAGAGAAGGAGACCAACAGCCGGGUUUUCAAGUCCAAAAUAGAAGAGAUCUGCAGUGAUCUGGAUGCAGUGAAGUCCAACAUUGCCCAGUUUAAAGAGAAGAUUAAGGACCUCAAUGUGAUCUUGGAGGAAGAGAAAAUCAGGCAGGAAGAGUACAAGGUGAAAAUGAUGUCUGAUAUCUGCAGCACCAGGAGAAGGUAUGAGAAGCUGCUGCAGGAGGAAUCUGCACUUCUUCAGCUGCAACCUGAAAGUGCAGAUACGGACUUUCUGAUGAAACGAAUAGCUCAAACAGAGAAGGAGCAGAGACAGAUACAGAACAUCCGCCAGCAGGAGCUGCUGCAGAUCACCAUAGAGACUGAGAAGAUCUGUAGGAGCAAUGAGGAGAAGCAGAGGAAGCUGGAGGAGCAAGAAACGAUGCUGAAACAGGUGGAGGAAAAGUGGAGCAAAGUGAAAAACAGGCAUGAGGAACUGAGUGCACUUCACAGUGAACUGAAUCAGAGGAGGUCCGAACUAGAGCUGUCCAUCCAGGACACAGAGGAGCAAACAAGAGUGCUUCUGCAGCCCAGAGAUGAUAUGAAGACUGAACUGAGGAAGCUCCAGGAGUCCUACACCGACAUGCUGAACAAACAGAACGCAGAGCUGAGAGCUGUGGAGGUUAGCAUUUAUAAACACAGCGUAAUGCUGGAGCAGGUCAGUGCAGAGAACUGCAGAAUACAUCUCUGUACCAGACAGAUGAUGGAAGAUAUUGGGACCAGCAGGCAGGAGACCGAGAGGUACCAGCAGGAGGUCCGGGAGUUCAACCGCAAGGCAAAGGACUUACUCAAGGAUUUACAGGAAGCAUGGAAAGGAGAUGUCUCUGUAAUUGAAGAUGGUGAGAGAAGUGAUAAUGUCCUGUUGGUGUCAAUAAAUUCAGUGUCGAACCAGCUGAAGACCAGGAACCAGCAGCUGAUGAGUAUCUGCAAACUGCUUCACCAGAACAUGCUAGAGUUUAGCAAACGACUGGGAGAUAAAGCAACAGAGAGACAGCAUAACUAACAGUGUAUACGAUAUACAACUUCAUGCAUCAGAACACAAACCUGCCUUUACUUGCAGUGUUAGAGUUGGUCAUUAACUGAGGAUAAAAAAAAAUCCAGAUGUGUUUGUCUAGUUGUUCAAGAGUAUUAGUAAAGUUUGAAGAAAAUCUAAA